GUCAGCUAAAAACUUUGUUUUUGCGGUUUUGUUUAGUCAUUGAGAGAUGUAGGCUUUUAGAGAUUAUGCUUUUAUUCUGAAAGCUGUACCGGAAAUAUGGGCGCUCUUUUUCAUUAAGAUAUAUUCAGUCAGCCUUUAAAUCAGUAUUUUCAUUCGGUUUAAGACGGUCAGCUGUGAAAGCCCAUUAAGUCCAUGGCUGGUCGCCGUCUGUCUUAAUUUCUGUUGGUAUUUGAAAUAAUUCAAACGUUACUGUACCAGUUGCCAGCGUUUGAGGCCGCAAAUUAAAAGCUUCCCUGUGAUUAACUGCGGUCACGUAAAAUUGCAUUCAUACAUAAAUCAAGCCAGCCCUUACGGCCAAGCCGAGGCUGUAAACCGGUAGUAAAUCGUUGGAUCCAGACGCCGAUGAUCAGAGAGGGGAGUACGCUGCAUGGCAGGUGGAUAAACUGCCCACAGCGCCCGCAGGUGCUUUAACUUGCGUCAUCUUCGUCUCGAUGUGCUCGGCUGGUCGCUGUUACCGGACCGUAAUCUGGCUAACGGAGAGCGGUGGCUAACGGUUCGGGCCAUGACGAGGUCAACUGGCGUUUUAUAGCUAACAGCAGCUCCGUCCUGCCGGACCGUUAAGCGACGACAGCCGAGGACAGCACACGACCUUGGGGGACGUUGUUAUGGAUUUAACGCGGCUGGCCGUGGACGCUGGUCAGUUCAUCAACCGGGCUGUUCAGUACACGGGGGAGAGUCUUGGCCAGGCGGACAAGACAGGGUUGGACCCCGGGCUGGAGGAGCUCCUGGCCCGGGCAGACGCCACGAAGACUUGGACGGACAAAAUAAUCUCCCAGACUGAGGUUUUACUGCAGCCCAACCCCGGCGCACGGUUAGAGGACCGGCUUUAUGAGCAUCUGGAUUGGAGAGUCCCACCACGGCCUCGUGCACAUGAGACACUGGGAGACCAGAUGAUCCAGGCUGGGCUGGAGGUGGGAUCCAAUACACCCUAUGGAAUGGCUCUGCUCAGGUGUGGCGAGGCUCAGAAGCAGCUUGGCGAGGCCGAGAAGAAGUUUGUCCAAAGCACUAACAUCCACUUUGUCACCCCUCUGAGGAGUUUCAGUGAGGGCGAGUACAGAGCCAUACAGGAUGAGCGCAGGACGUUGCUGAACAAGCGUUUGGACUUGGACAUAGCUAUUACCAGACUGAGGAAAGCCCAUGAGGCUGACCGAGAGGCCAGGAACCUGAACCCGAACCCGCUCGAAGACGACUACUUGUCUCAUGUCUCCUACAUGUUCAGCUUCCUGCGUGUUAAGUGGCUAAAGAUGUGGGCUCAGGAAAUCUCUCAGGCAGAGAUGGAGUUGAGGAUCUGUCAGAGUCUGUUCGAUCGGCAAACAGAAGUGACAAGACGAGUUGUGGAAGGAAUCAACAACACUCACACCAACCACAUGCGGAGCCUGACAGACUUUGUGGAAGCUCAGGCCUGUUACUUCGACCAGUGCAACCAACGUGCUCAGGAGCUUCAGAAACAGCUGGCCAGCAUUCCAGCAGUCCUCUGCUCCAAUAACUGGCAGUCAGCAGUAGGUAAUGCAGUUAAUCAGCCAUCCACGAGCAACCAUGUAGCCAGUGAGCCCGUCGGGUUAAAUCAAGUCACUCCACUUCCCAUAGUCGUCCACCAACUUCCAGAAUUCGACUGGGACUCACGGACCACAAAUCCACCACCUGGAACUGAAAAAACACCUGAGUCCUCUGAAGCGGCACGACCACCUGAUCAAACCAAUAACAACAAUAACAACAACAGCGUCUUCUUCGCUGAUGGCCAGGCAGCCGGCCGCUGUUCAGCAGCCAGCCGAGCGUUUCAUCAUGUGCGUACAUCAAAUUCGGACAGUCCCACGAUGGAUGAGAUCUCAGCACUCGGCAGAACAGCUGACAGAACAACAGCUGCAGUAACCAAUGGUGUGGGUAGUCGGCCAACAACAACAACAACAACACCUUCCCCACCAGAUGCAGAAGCCAGUGAGACCUUAACAACCAGUGGCAUGGGAACUGAGACCUUGGCAACCGAUGAACCUAGAGGCCUGAACGCUAUUAAUGGAGAAGAUGUGGGGGAGUCAUCAACAGACGGUCAGGCUGUGGUGCAGUAGAGACUAAUGUCUGGUGUGGGGCGGUUCAGAGAGGGGGGGUGACACCAGGCCAAUGACAUCAACUGGGAUAAAUUUCAAUUGGAGAGUGCAGACUGUAUCAGAAAAGAACAGAUAAACAAUCAUUAUGAAAACAAAACAUGAAUUAACCCCAUAGGGAAUAUAAUGUGAAGUGGUUGUUAAAGUGCUUAUUUUUCUACAUGUGAUUUAGUGCCACAAUAAUUUUAUCCUUUAGCCACACUCAUAUGUUAUUCAUGUUGUAUUGAAAUGAUGACUGUUGAAUAUCAGUCAAUGGAUGUAAUGGCUGUCCACUCUGGCUUGGAGGACGAGGCCGGACUGACAGACUAUUAUAUCUGCAGUGUGUAACUGUCGAAGUUGUUUUCAGUCUGUGAAGCUGAACCUUUAUUUUUACAUUUAGCUGAACGAGAGAAGUAAUGAAGCUUUGUGCCAAGUGUAUGUGUGCAUACUCGUUGGUGUGAACAGAUCAGUUCGUGUAUCUGUGUGUCCGUAUUGAUGUCUGCCAGCGACCCUCCUGUGUUUACAGCUGGCACCUUCUUAAAGAGAGGUGUGUGUAUGUGUGUGUGUGAGUGAGUGAAUGUGACUCAGCCACCUCUUAACUUGUAUGAGCUGAGGUCAUUUUUCCAUAUGAAACAUGUCACUUAUAGUCCAGCGAGGUGACAAAACACCGCGUUGAACAGGAUCUUUAUGCUGUGGUAAAAAAUAUGGCUUCUCGUAUGUACUCUGGGUGUUUUCACCCCAGCACACAUUCAGAUCACAAAUUCACUUUUACCCUUUUACCCCCUUUAAGCCCCCGCUAUAGCUGAAAUGGGUACAAGUUUCCAUGUCCAGAUGUUGUUCAUUUUCUUCAGGGCGGCCCUGCUCUGCUGUGGUGUGGGUCCACCCUGGGGACCUUGGAUGGAAACAUACACAUUAAUGUAUCACUGGCCCUGCUGAUGUAAUCAUCCACCAGAUCGAGGCGCUACGCCUUUGUUCCCAAUACAUAAAGGUGUGUGUGUGUGUGUGUUUGUGUGGAUAGCGGCGCUAUUCACAAGUCUACUCACUGCCAGUUUCAAACUGCCUGCAAAUGCCGUCAUAAUUCAGUCACGUGUCGUAUGUUGAGCGGAUCGCAGUGUGAGGUUUUAGUUUUCACUUGAGUGAAUAUGUGGAAAUAAAUAUGUAAACACUGAUGUCAUGUCAAUCCUGUUCAAGUGUGGGUUCUG